CAACCAAAGAGUUUGCUCACCUUCUUUCUUUCUCUGUCUCUCUUCUCAAACUCUGAAAUAGAGGAAGCAGAUACACCAGAGAAGUUUAAUGUCCACCCACCGCCUCUGAAACGUCUCUCUCUCACUCAAUCUCUCUCACACACACUGAGAGACUGAACAUUGUUGUUGUAAUCUUUAACUUUCUUUGCUCAGUGCUCAUACCCAUUUUGUUCUCUCUCUCUCUCUCUGUUUGGAAAAAGGGCCAGAAGAGACAACAGAGAAGAAGAAAGGAACCUCUUGUGGAGUUUUCUUGAAUGUUAUUUAUCUUCUCAGUCACUUUUUAGCUGCUUUUGUUUCUCUCAGAUCUACCUCCAACCCAACCCCCCUUCUCUUUCCAUUGUUGUACCGCUUGGUUGCUCUGUUUUAGUACAAAGACAUGAGUAAAGAAGAGUUUUUGAAGAUCCAGACUUGUGUUCUGAAAGUGAACAUACACUGUGACGGUUGUAAGCUCAAAGUCAGGAAAAUCUUGCAGAAAAUUGAUGGGGUUUACAAAACCCAUAUAGACUCAGACCUUGGCAAGGUCACUGUGUCGGGAAAUGUAGACCCAAACACGCUGAUCAAGAAGCUAAGCAAGAGCGGCAAACAUGCUGAGCUUUGGGGUGCUCCAAAGGCCAAUAACCAGAAGAACAUGCAAAUUGACAAUGGCAAAGGUGGGUCCCAGAAGGGUCAGAAGGGGGGUGGUGGUGGUGGUGGCCAGAACCACCAGCAACCCAAGGGGGGCGGUGGUGGUGGUGGUGGCCAGAACCACCAGCAGCAGCUGCAGCAAAUGAAGGCUAUUCAAGAUCUGAAGUUGCCCCAAUUCAAGGGCUUGAAACUGCCCUUCACUAAUAAUACCAAGGACCAGAAUCAACAUAAGGCUGUGAAGUUCAACUUGCCUGAAGAUGAUGAUCUGAUGAGUGAUGAUGAAUUUGAUGAUGAGUUUGAUGAUGAUUAUGAUGACGACGACUUUGAUGAUGAUGAUGAUUUGGAUGAUGAGAUGAUGAAUGGUGCACCCCAUCAUCCUCUUAACAAGAUGAAACCACAACCCAUGAUGAUGGCUAAUGGUCAGCAGAUGCCUAACAUGAUGAUGAUGAUGAAUGGCCAGCAGCAUCCACAGCUUAUGAAUGCUCUGGCUCAGGCCAAGAGUGGUGGCGGCGGUGGUGGAAAUGGAGGAAAUGGGAAAAAGGGUGGUGGUGGUGGUGGAAAUAUACCUGUUCAGGUGAAUGAUGGAAAGAAUGGAAAGAAAGGUGGUGGUGGUGGGAAUCAAAAUCAAGGUGGUGGUGGUGGUGGUGGUGGUGUUCAAGGUAUGCCCAAUGGUGGUGGUGGUGGUGGUGGUGGUGGUGCUGCUGCUGCUGCUGCUGCUGGUGGUCAAGGCAUGCCCAGUGGGUACCAUGCCAUGGGUGGGGCUAAUGUGGGCCAGAUGGGGGGUAAUAUGCCCAUGGGCCAGAUGGGCCAAAUGCCAGCUGUCCAAGGCCUUCCGGCCUCUGCGAUGAAUCCCGCUGGGGGCGGUGGAUACUUCAAUGGAGCAGCAGCCCGACCGGAGAUGAUGGCCGGGAACCAACAAUACUACCAGCAGCAAUUGGCGGCGAUGAUGAUGAACCAACAACGUGCGAAUGGAAAUGAGAGGUUUCAACCAAUGAUGUACUCUCGACCACCUCCGGCCGUCAAUUACAUGCCGCCAUACCCAUACCCAUACCCAUAUCAGUACCCACCUCCAGCCGACCAAUACACCCAUGCUUUCAGUGAUGAGAACACCUCAAGUUGCAGUAUAAUGUGAAUUUACCAGGAUAUGUGGUGGUGAAUGUGCCGGUGGUUGAGCUUGGUGAUUCAGUUACAUUCUUGAGGUUCUUAGAAGACUUGAUGCCAUAUAAUACAUGGAAAAUGGGUUUUAUUUUAGUUGUUAGUUUUCUCCUUUACCGCCCCUUGAAUUUCCUUUUUUUUUUUUUUAUUAUU